UGCCCAUUCCUCAACUGGCAUGCUCGCCGCACUCCGCACGCUUGGCCUCACUGCGCUGCUCGCGACGAGCGUCAUGGGCCGGCGCUUGAUCCAUGGCGGCGACCCCGCGCCGAAUGCCACCUUUGUCGCGGGCGUCCGCUACUCGAUCGACGGCGCCAACCGCUGCGCUGGCACGCUCAUUGCGCCUCGCCUCGUGCUCACGGCGGCGCACUGCCUCUUCACGCAAGUUCAUGCGCGAGUGUACCAGUUCUCGCCUGCGCAGUACGUCUCGAUUGGCGCAGUUGACGCCAACGGCACUGGUCACGGCGAGCAGAUCGCGGUCGUUCAGAGCGUUGUGCACCCCAACUAUACGUACGAUGCGCUCAACUGGUCGACGACGCAUGACUUUGGCGUGCUUAUCCUUGCGUCAGCGUCGAGCUAUCCUCCGAUCGCGCUGGACUUGAACCCACUCGUGCUCGACGGCGCCUUGGGACGCGUGUACGGCUGGCCCGACCGCGCUGGCAACCGAUCGGUCGAGCGCGUCACGGUGCUUCGCCACGAGGCGUGCCAAAGUGCCUUUACCCAGCUCAGCGCCACGAAUCUGUGCACUCAAGCCAAGUCGCAGCGUCAUCAAUGCAGUCGCGACUCGGGCGGACCCUUGACCAUCGUCGCCAACGGCUCGCAGGUCCUCGUCGGUGUCGAUAGUUUUGGCAUCGACUGCCAAUCCGGGAUCGCCGUCUCGGCGCGGCUCUCGUCCGCAAAAGACUUUUUGACACCGUUCUUGACCAACGCCACGCUCAACACAUAAUUGUCUUUUCAGAACCAUCAUAAAUGAUCGUGUGCGACACUCGA